CUUCCCCGGGUCUGGGGGGGUCGGGUCAGGGGGUCCCCGGGCCGAGAGGUGGGGAUUCGCCUUCCCGGGGGCCGGCCUGAGUGAAGGAGCCCCUCCGGCGCCGCCGCCGCCUCGGCUAAGGCCGCUCGCACGCCCGGCAGCCGCGGGAAGCGGAGGGGCGGGCCGGGGCGGGCCGGGGGCGGGGCCUUGCGCGGUCCCGGGGCAGCUCCUGGGCACGGCCCGCGCCGGACAGUCUGACAACCUUAGUCGACGCCGCCUCGGCCUCCGCUGCUUCCGAUGGCUGUCACCAUGAACCAGGACCUGCGCCGGGAGCGGGCCUCCGCCAGCUUCAACCCCGAGCUGCUCACGCACAUCCUGGACGGCAGCCCGGAGAACACCCGGCGACGCCGAGAGAUCGAGAACCUGAUUCUCAACGACCCAGACUUCAAGCACGAGGACUUGAACUUCCUCACGCGCAGCCAGCGCUACGAGGUGGCUGUGAGGAAGAGUGCCACCUUGGUGAAGAAGAUCAGGGAGUUUGGCAUCUCAGACCCUGAUGAAAUCAUGUGGUUUAAAAAACUACAUAUGGUCAAUUUUGUGGAACCCGUGGGCCUCAAUUUCUCCAUGUUUGUCCCCACCUUGCUGAAUCAGGGCACCGCUGCUCAGAAAGAGAAAUGGCUGCUUUCCGCCAAAGGACUCCAGAUAAUUGGCACCUACGCCCAGACGGAGCUGGGCCACGGGACUCACCUGCGCGGCCUGGAGACCACAGCCACAUACGACCCGGAGACCCAGGAGUUCAUUCUCAAUAGUCCGACGGUGACCUCCAUCAAGUGGUGGCCUGGGGGACUUGGAAAGACUUCAAAUCAUGCGAUAGUGCUAGCCCAGCUCUACACCCAGGGGAAAUGCUAUGGGUUACAUGCCUUCAUCGUGCCUCUUCGUGAGAUUGGAACCCACAAGCCUCUGCCAGGCAUCACGGUUGGCGACAUUGGCCCCAAGUUUGGCUAUGAUGAGAUGGAUAAUGGUUACCUGAAGAUGGACCAUUUUCGGAUCCCCAGAGAAAACAUGCUGAUGAAGUAUGCCCAGGUGAAGCCUGAUGGCACCUACGUGAAGCCUGUGAGCAACAAGCUGACCUACGGCACCAUGGUGUUCAUCAGGUCCUUCCUUGUGGGCGAAGCCGCCCGGAGCCUGGCCAAGGCCUGCACCAUCGCCAUCCGAUACAGCGCCGUGAGGCACCAGUCCGAGAUCAAGCCGGGUGAACCGGAACCACAGAUUUUGGAUUUUCAAACCCAGCAAUAUAAACUCUUCCCGCUGCUGGCCACUGCCUAUGCCUUCCAUUUUGUCGGCGCCUACAUGAAGGAGACCUACCACCGCAUUAACGAGGACAUCGGCCACGGGGACCUGAGCGAGCUGCCCGAGCUCCAUGCCCUCACCGCCGGGCUGAAGGCUUUCACCUCCUGGACGACCAACGCGGCCAUCGAAGCCUGCCGGAUGGCCUGUGGUGGGCACGGCUACUCUCACUGCAGCGGCCUCCCCAAUAUCUACGUCACCUUCACCCCGACCUGCACCUUCGAGGGCGAGAACACCGUCAUGAUGCUGCAGACCGCCCGGUUUCUGAUGAAGAGCUACGACCAGGUGCACGCGGGGAAGCUGGUGUGCGGCAUGGUGUCCUACCUGAACGACCUGCCCAGCCAGCGCAUCCAGCCGCAGCAGGUGGCCGUGUGGCCCACCGUGGUGGACAUCGACAGCCCCCACAGCCUCACCGAGGCCUACCGGCUCCGGGCGGCCAGAUUGGUAGAAAUCGCUGCCAAAAACCUUCAGACGGAAGUGAGUCACCGGAAAAGCAAAGAGGUCGCGUGGAACCUGACUUCCGUGGACCUCGUGCGAGCAAGUGAGGCGCACUGCCACUACGUGACGGUAAAGCUCUUCUCAGAGCAGCUCCUGAAAAUCCAGGACAAGCCCAUCCAGGCCGUGCUGCGGAACCUGUGCCUCCUGUACGCGCUGUACGGGAUCAGCCAGAAGGCGGGGGACUUCCUCCAGGAGAACAUCCUGACGGACACCCAGGUCACCCAGGUGCACCAACGCAUCAAGGAGCUGCUGACCGUGAUCCGCCCGGACGCUGUCACGCUGGUCGAUGCGUUUGAUUUCCAGGACGUGUCGCUGGGCUCCGUGCUGGGCCGCUACGACGGCAACGUGUACGAGAACCUGUUCGAGUGGGCGAAGACCUCCCCGCUCAACAAAGCCGAGGUCCAUGAGUCUUUCUACAAGCACCUGAAGCCACUGCAGUCCAAGCUCUGAAGGUCACGGCCUCAGUCCGCCUCGCCCCCUGCACCUGUCACACAACCUGCACGAAUCUCGAUCCAUCCAGAGAGCUUCGGAGCACACGAUAAAUUGACCUUUUCCUCUGUAUCAACGAAGAAAACAAUGAACAGCUUUCAGAGAUUAAAUGAAAAAUCAAAUGUUUCAAGUGCAAUUAACACUAAGAAAGACCUGCUAAGCAUUCAGAAAGAGCUUUAAGAAAUGCAGUAUGAUUUCCCCUCGUAACGCUGCUGAUCCCAGGCCGUAACUUUGGAUAAUUCAUAGAGUUUAACUACCGAGUAGUUAAUUUUUCACUUCUUAAUUGCUAAUCACUGGAUAAGUGUGUUUUUAAGCAAAGGUGUUUUUAAAGUGGGGGUAGAACCCUUCUGAGCUUUCCUGCUGAGUGCCCUACCCCUCCCACCAUGGGCCCUGGCUUAAAAGCAGAACGAAGAACACAGAUUGGGAGAAAUAAACUAAUCAGGAAAUUUGGUGUGAGUCCGUGCUUGACACAUUACCUGCCUGCUUGCCCUUGAUCGCUGGCGUUUCUCUGAUCGUUCAUAGUAGCAUGAUCCAACACAAGGGUUUCUUCAGCUGAGGCGCCCUGCGAGGUCAUGGUCUGUGAGCUGGGAAUUCUUGAGUUCACAGGACCCUAAGCUGUCACAGCAUCGUGGGAAGAGGCAGGUAGCAAAGUUCUCUCUCACGGGACCCUUGGCAGCUGAUGGGACUUCAGUCAGUGGUAUUUGAUCUCCCGCCCUCCUCCUCAACCUACUGGAGGAGGGGAAAAAGGAGAAAGGUGGAGGGAGUAGAGGGUUACGCUUACCGUGACUUCGGUGACCAUACUAACUGGAAAGCCUGGAACAAUCCAGAUUGCAUACGUGCCGUCAUUUUGGCUAAACAGUUAACAUGCUUGGAGGUCCCAGCACCUGGCAGGCAGAAGUAAAAGCAUCACUCAGGUUACAGCCUCUCACGCCCGGAGUAGCAUAGAAAACCCUUCCCAAACCAUGUGUUCUGACUUGAAUCAGAAAAUAUAGUCAUUGAAACGAAGGCUGAAGGAUAAAUGGAAAUUGCCUAGAAUCUUUCUUCCUGUACUUCUGGUUUUAUUUUCAGUGUUUCUAGGCGUUUUAUCUGAACUAAGUUGUCCUUUCAACUGAAACCUAAUUCACACAAUCAUUCUAUAUGUAAAGUAAACAUGUAUCUCAUUGAGUUUUAUUCUUAAAAUCAAUGUAAAACAAUACAUCACUUGAUUUAAAAAUUUUUUUAACCUGUUAACUGUGUCUGUGAAACUAGUUGUUUCUGCCUCAGGAAACUGAUUGUCCUUGAGGAAGUGCUGUAGUUCAUGGGAAUUAUUCCUCUCUGGGGACCUGACAUAAAAUCUGUCCCAGGAACAGGAGAAUUUUAGGCCCAGCAGGAAUUCUUGUCUGUUGACACCAGCCUUACUCUCUCCAGGAGAAUGAAUAAGUGUGCUAAGAUGGAAAUAAAAAAGCACUAUGCUCAUCUCAUUUGAGUAUUUCUUGACAGUAGUUCAGAUUCUGAGAAAUAAUAUUUACAUUACCGGAUAUUGACCUGUUCAAUACAGAAUUGUUUCACAAUCAGUGCUUAAGCACCUUACCCACAGGUGAACGUCUGUAAUCAGGAUCUGUGUUUGAAAUACAUGCACCUAAUAAACUAAAUCUGACCUUUGAUACUAUUUUUAUUAAUAUUGGAAUGUUUUGUCUUGAACUUGACUCACUGUAAUCAAAGAAUAAAGAUGUAGUAAAACCUC